AUGCCAAAAUAUGAAAUAAUAGCUAAGACAAUGGUUGAAAUACAAUAUCAGAUUGAACUUGAAUUAUAUAUUUCAUAAUCUUUUAACUUAUUUCUGAUUUUGAAUUCAGCUAAUAAUAAACUAUUAUUUAUUAUUUAUUAUUUAUUAUUUAUUAAUUUAGAUAGCCUAAAAUAAUCUAAAAUCUUCAUAAGACAGUAUUACAAAUUUGAUUUCUGUUAAGCCAUUAAUAUAACAUUUUUCAUUCGUGAAAUAAUCAUUCCUACUGAAACUAAAGAAUCAAUUUAAUAUUUACUUUCUAGUUAAGCUAUAAUGAUUGCAAAUGAUAUUAUAUUGAAAGGAAAUUAAAUUUAAAGUAUUAAAUAUAAAUUUAAAGAGUUCAUAAUAAUACUGCCCAUAUAAUUUAGUUAAUUUCAAAUUAUUAUUCUUAGGAUUUCAAAAAUUUAUAUUUUGAUGAACCUUAUAAUAUAUAAAUUACAUAAGAAUUUCACAAAAGAGAGAUUUUUAGACUUCAAUAAUACAAGUAUAAUUUUACAAAUUAUUCUUACUUGAAAUUCAAAAGUAUGUUUGUUGGAUGUCAAAUUAAUUGAAGUAAUUAUAAUGAUUAGUAAAUUUUAAAUUAUUGAUAAUUUAGCAAGAAUAUCAGACAUUAAAUUAUAGCUGAGGAUUGAGUAGGCUAAUGUUUUGGAAAACCAUAAUAAUUUAAUAAAGAAAUAAAACAAUUUAGAUAUUCUUAUUUAGUAUUUUUACAAUAAGAUUGCUUUUUUUAGAUAGAGAUUUAAGAGAUUUUCAUCCUUUUUUAUGUCUUUAUUGUUAACUAAAUUGAAUAAUAAUUAUAAAUUAAACUUAUAAGAGCUUGCAAUUGUUUACCAUAUUAGAAUAAAUUGA